UGCAUUUGAGUGAUAUGUAAAACUUGUUUCGUUUUCCUUUUGGGUGAUUGCAGAUGGAUGCAACAAUUACUCCUGGAUUAUACCCUUUGCACCGUUGCAAAACUCUCCACCUGGUGAGGCAUGCUCAGGGGGUUCAUAAUGUAGCAGGAGAGAAGGAUCCUGCUGCUUGUUCAUCUGAAGAAUAUUUUGAUGCCCAUCUCACGCCUCUUGGCUGGCAACAGGUUGAUAAUCUGCGCAAGCAUGUUCAUGAAACUGGUCUUUCCAAGAAAGUGGAUUUGGUUAUUGUUUCCCCUUUGCUCAGGACUAUGCAAACUGCGGUGGGAGUGUUUGGUGGAGAAGGGUAUAAGAACGGGAUUGACGUUCCUCCACUAAUGGUGGCAAAUGCAGGGGAAAGUGGCCGUCCUGAGAUUUCGAGCCUGAAUUGCCCACCAUUUGUAGCUUUCGAACUUUGUCGAGAAAUUUUGGGAGGCCAUCCAUGCGACAGAAGAAAAGGCAUCAGCGAGUAUCAGACUCUUUUUCCCGCGAUUGAUUUUUCUCUGAUCGAAAGUGACAAUGAUGUUUUAUGGGUUGCUGACACCCUCGAAAGGGACGAAGACGCUGUAGCCAGAGGAAAGCAGUUUCUGAACUGGUUGUGGACGCGUAAGGAGAAGGAAAUCGCAGUUGUCUCGCACGGUGGAUUUUUGCACCAUACCUUAAGUGCUUUUGGCCAUGAUUGUCAUCCAUCAAUGAAGACCGAACUAUGCAAAGACUUUUUGAACUGUGAGUUGUCGUCUGUAGUUCUUGUUGAUAGAAGUAUGAUGGGAUCGGAUCCUGCAACAACUAACUAUCCAGGAAAAAUCCCUAGCGGCCUUGAUCUUCCGAGUGCCGAGAAACUUGCAGACGAAGGAAAUGCCAAUUAGUGUUGUUCAUGUUCCGAGUGUAGACCAAGCAUGAACAUUCAGAUUGAUAUCCAGAACAUGAUUGAUAGCAAACUUACUGCGAUUAUUUGUUUAGUAUUUGACAAAUUUGAAAGAACAUGAACUGCUAAGUCCUAUAAUAAUGAGAGUUUGUCUUCUUAUGGUCAUUUAUAUGGAAAUAGGGAUGGCAUGUUGCACCCUUCUACAAGUCUGUCUUUGGCAGUAUCAUCCAUUUUCUUUCGAGCUGUCGGGAUCCGAUCUAGUCGCUCCCAGACCCUUCGAGGGGUUAGUAUGAUGUAGACAUUGACACUGAUUUAUCAAAAUCAACUUUCGGA